UUCGAGGAUCUCCAUCGUCGUCUCUUUCUUUCUCUUCUUCAUUGGAGCAAUUCGAAGCUCGAUCGAGAAAGAGAGAAGGAGAGGAGAGGAGGAGGAUCAUGGAUUGGGGGAGCGUUACGACGGAGGAUCUGCUGGAUGCCCUACGGGAGGUGGACUGGUCUUCGCCGCCUCGCCCCGUCUCUGAGUUUUUUUCUAGAUUCACUGUCCCUCGAUCUUACUCCAAGUGGAACAGUCGUUUUAAAUGCAAUCUAUAUUACUAUCGCACGAAUUAUUUCAUCUUGAUUGUAUUCAUUCUCGGGAUGGCUUUUCUUCGGAGGCCGCUCGCCAUAGUAGCUGCUCUGUUAACAGGCUUAAGCAUUGCAUUCCUCAAUGACAGCUUUGCAGUCACUUUUAAUGAGAAAGUAACAAGGACUGUCAGACAAGUUUCACCACAUUUAGCCGCCAAACUGAGACCUCCUAUAACACCUGUUCUUCGUGGGAGGCCAUCUGCCAAAAGAUCAAUUCAUAUCUGCGGAAAGCCCCGUUGGAUGUUUGUAUUGAUAUGUUCAGCAGCUAGUUGCUUCCUCUGGUUUACCUCCUGUCGCCUCCUAACUGUACUCUGGGCAUUCGUCAUUGGUUUGCUCGCAACAUUUCUUCAUGCAAGCUUUAGAACUCCUAAUCUAAAGGCACGGUUGAACACAUUCCGUGAAGAAUUCCGUGCUGUGUGGCGUAAUUAUAGUGAGCUGUGACCUAGUACCUGAUGGAUAUCACUCAAUCUUUGCAGAUUGAAUUCCUUGUAGGUUGAAUUUGACUAGCAGGAGGAAGAGCAUUGGUGGCCGCUGCUCUUGGCCGUUUGCGCAGAUUAAAAGAUGGAUGGUUUCUUCAUGUUUGUGUUUGAUUUCCGGCGUCUUAAUGCUGAGGCAAGAUGUUGUUUGUUCGGCUCAUCUAGAAUCUUGGUGGUGUUCCUUGGUUUUGUACAGACAAUGCAGUAGAUACAGUAACAAAUUAUGUAGAAGGUUGCAGAUGUUGAUGUCACAUAUUAAAAGGAUCAUAAAUAUAAGUGUGA